UCAAGAACGAUGAUUGGUCAAUAACGAUCCCUUUAGCCAAUAGCAUGUCACCAUAAAAAAUCGUUUCUUUCGAUGCUCGAAGUACCAAUAUGGCGGCAAGGUUUACACCUUUUCCAAUUGUAUUUUUUGGUGUUUUCACUACAUUAACAAUCGCAUUUAUCAAUCGUGGAAAGUUACUACCAAAUUUCAAAGAGGUACGAGAUAAACAAAGUCAAGAAGGUGUUAAUAAAGCCAGAGAAAUCAGACAACAACUGAAGGAAGGGAUACGACAACAGAAAGCACUCAAGGCAAAGGGAGAUGUAUGAUCAACAUCUAACUUCACCUGGGUUAAAAGGAGGCAAAAUCUCUAGAAUUCAUAAUAUUUUCAAUGACGAAAAUUGUCCUGAUAAUCAGCAGAAAAUGUCUGUUAUAAAGCCUUUGGAAGCAACAGUUCAAAUAAACUCUUGUUCAAAUGGUAAUAAACUACCCAAGAAACGACGGCUUAACUUGAAAACAAAGACUGCUGCUAAAGUUACAACCAGUAAGCAGAAACAGCAUGAAGUUGAUGAAGACCAUUGUUUGGAAGAGAGUAAAAAAUUACAUCCUGUUUUGAACUGUGAUGAUCUUGAAGGAUUAGGUGAAAACAAAGGUAGUAAGAGUGACAGUAUAAGAUGUUGCCCUGUUUGCAAAUAUGAUUUCACAAGCUUGGACAGUGAUUUUAAAAAUCUGUCCUGUGAUGCAGAAAUAAAUGAACACAUCAACAAGUGCCUUGAUGGCGAGAAAGCUGAAAAUGUGUUUAAUUUGAUUGGACAUAAUUGUCAACUUUGUGGGAAGGAUCUAACUAAAUAUAGCACAGUUCGGCAUCAGCAACACAUCAAUAGGUGCAGUGGAAACAUUGGGAAAACAAGACCCAACGUAGAAUUAGAAAUGACUUCCAUAGUGUGUCCUAUUUGUGGGAAAGCUUUUAAAACAACCAAGUCAAGGCAAACCCAUAUGAAGAAAUGUGCAAAAGAAAAUAAUGUUAGUACUCAUCAAUUGGUCAAGUUGAGUAGGCAGGAAAAUGUUCGUAAUUCAAAAGAGACUGCAGUCAUGAACACAUCUGAAGAUCCUGCUCCUAGGCAAAGCAGGGCUGCAUUUAACUGCGAUACAUUGGGCCUUGUUAGAAACAAAAAACGGAAAAGGCUAGUGAACCUCCCAAGCAAGAAAUUAGAUGAGGACAUACAGCUUGCCUUGGCUUUGUCAGUGUCGAUGCAAUGUGAUAAUGCUGACGUUAAAGAUUUAGAGAAAAAGAAGAAAAAGAAAAAAGAAAAUUCUGAACUUCCAGCAUUGUUGUUGAGAAGUGACGAUGAAAUGAAGAAAGUAACAGAAGCCAGAGCUGCUGCGGUUCUCUGUCAAUGGGUCGAUAAUGAUGAUGAAAUACAAUGCACUCCUGCGCUUGCACCCAGUUUGUUGGUCAAAAAAUACGGUAAAGAAUCUAGUUGUGAGAAUUUCGAAAUCUUACCUGAACAAGCUGCGGAAUAUGAUGAUGUAAAAGAAAGAUGUAACAGUCCUACAAUAAAAGUCCGAGGUGGAUCGGGUGAAAGAAACGAAAAAUGUGGUUGUGAGGAGUCUGUUAUUACACAUGGCGAAGAAAGCAAGCAACAUUUCACCGUUGAUACAAAAAGCCGAUUGUGGUGUCUUUCAUCACUGCGACCUGAUAUUGUUGCUAACAAUGGCUUCUAUGUUCCAAAUCUUUUACCAAAGUCAACACCAACAAAGAAAAAAGCAAAAAGUGGUACAAGUUCAACAAAAGAUGAAGAGCAAAUUGAUAAAUCUGCAGCUGCCGCUCAUGAAGAUAAGGAGGAUGUAGAAGACGAACCUCCGUCAAGAGUUUCAAGCCAAACUGAUGGAUUGACUGAAUCUCAGGAGAAAGAUAUUGACAUGCUAGUUGAGUUAUUGACUGACGAAACUCCCGAUACUCAAUCGACAAGGAGUGAGAUGGAACAAAAUAAUGAACUCGAUAAAACCUGGCUUCCAUCCAGCGGUUUCUGUGUCCGCAAAAAUUCUCACGAAAUGGAGGACAAAAAUAAGGAAGAUGUAGAUGCAUUAUUGAAUGACCUGUCGUGUAUGGUAGGAAAUCCUCUUUUAAGUGAUGUUGAAAUUGUAGCUAAAGAUGAGAAGAAAUUCUUUGCUCAUAGUUUCAUGUUAACAGCAAGAUGCAGUAGCUUAGCAGAAAUUCUUCACGCUAGUGAAUCGCGUGUCAAAGAUGACGAGAGAAAUACCUUAAUUCGUGUAGAGCUGCUCGAUAUUGACGUUCGUGCGGUCCGAGCAGUUUUGACUUACAUCUACACAGCUUAUUUCAUACCUGUAGUCGAUGCUAAUGUUCUCGAGGAUGUUAAAAAACUCGUGGACAGAUGGAAUUUGAACUGUAGUGCAGAUAAAUGGAAAGUGAUACGUGAUGGAAAAAAGCAGAAUCAAGAUGAAAAUAUUGAACAUGCGGAUAAUAAUGUAGGAGACCUUGAUGUUCUACUGAAGUCGCUUUGGGAGGGAGAGGAGGUAAUUAUCAGUGAUAAGAAUGUAGAUGAGAAUGCGUUUGGUGAUAGUAUCUUGGACGAUCAACUACGUGAUAUGGAGAUAAAGAUUUACACUCAAGCUGUCCCACAGACGAUAUCUCAUGAGAGGAACGAUACCUGCGCGGUUGUCCUUGAUUCAGAUUCCGAGGAUUGUAUAUCAAAUAUGAAUGAUAAUGUUAAGGAAUUGAUCUCAGAAAACUUCGAUGAAAUCAGUUGUAUUCCAGAGUCACCAUCCAGUUCCCCUGGUCAACAUGGGGAAAAAAGAUCUGUUGAAAAUGUUCAUGACCUUACGAUUGCGGAACAACCUCUCGAUGAUAUAUUAAAAACCAAAACUAAGCAAUCCAGUAGACCAAAUGACACAUCCAUCGAGACAAUUCCACAACUCCACUCUUUCCCAAUUGCACAGGAAUUUAAUGGCGAUGUUUUCGAUUAUCUGGACUCUUGUCCAGUCUCCCUUCACUCUCCAUCAUCUUCAGUUGAGCUGAUGUCCUCGCCAGAACGCUCUCCUCUACCGGAUAAUCUAAAAGACUUUGACGUGGAGGAUAAAAGCAGUAAUUCUAACACAGCCCAAAAAUAUUCCAUGCAAAUAUCAAUUGACUCGCCAUUGUUACACAGUCCAUAUGCUAGUCCCAACAAGUCUCUAAAAAGGAACCAUUGUGAGAAGGAUGAAGAUAACAGUUUUUUAGAUAUUUUUGAGUCGUUUCCUGGUCCCACAACUGAAAGGUCUCCUUUAAGUAUUUCAAAACAUAAGAUUAACGAUGACAGUUGCUUUGAUAUUAAUCUUUCUAUUUUAUCACCUAAAAGAGUAGUUUGUAAUGAGAAGAAUAGACAUGGUGAAGGAAAUAAAAACCAGCAAGUUAACCAACCUCUUGGUUUUAGCUCAAAGGACCAGGACAUUAAUAGCAAAGAGAAAGUUUCUUUUCAAGAAAAUAGAUGCUCUCGCAUGGCUGUUGGGGAUUUUAAAAAAUCUACGACAAAGCAGGCUUGUGCUGAAAAAAAAGUUGACGUCUGGUUAGAUGAUUCCUCUUUAGAAGAUCCAGUAAUGAAAAAACAUGAGACUGGACUAAAAGAAGAUGAGAUCAUUACUGAAAAAGAAGACAGACGUUCUACGACUUCUAAUGAUGUUUUUAAAACCCCUAAGAGGCAGUUUUGUGGUGGAACACGAUACGAUGACUCUUUACUAACUAUUGAAGGGUCAAAUUCUAAAGAUACACGUAAUACCCAAGAAGGUGAUCAUUUUAAGAACUCGAUGCGUGUUGUUGAAACUCCCAUAAAACAAUCUGCGGUUGAUGUCGAUGACUCGCCUUUACAACUCGAGAAUAAAACGACUUCCGACGAUCAAAAUAAUUUCUACGAGAGCAAUAAUGAUGAGUUUAUUUAUUACUACGAUCAUGGUGGCUUUAAUUGUGAUAUAGAAGAUUAUUUCCAUUAUGAUACUCACAGUUCCACCGAGAAAGACGAUUCAAAUCCGCUUGAUGAAAGGCCAGCAGCGGUCGAGGAUGUAAAUGAAAAGACACUGAAUAUAGAAAAAUGUGAAAAGAAAGUUCGGAAAAUAAACAACGUUCAAACAGAAGAGAAUAAGAAAGAUGACAGGAAUAGAGAUGUUAAAAAAGGAAAGAGCGGCCUCGUUAAAGGCAAAACAGAUAAGGCGGAAAAUGAAAUUGUCAGUAAAAGAACACAAGAACUGUUUAAUCAACAUCAGGAAGAGCCAAAAACUCCGAUGCAUGAUUAUUCCAAUAUGGCAACACCUGAAUUGAAGGUGGAGUUGAAACAGUAUGGAGUUAGGCCCCUGGCAAAACGCAAGAUGGUUAUUAAACUGAAAGAGAUUUACCAUUAUACACACAAAGAUACUCGUGUAGAAAGUGAAGGCGAUGAAGAUAAUGAUGAAAACCAACCUUCGUGUAGUAAACAUGAACAAAAGUCAUGCGAAGUUGAAGAAGUUGAGUCCAGAUUUUCUGCGGAUACAAAAUUUCAGGAUGGAAACACUCGUGAUAUGGAGAGUUCCAGUGACAGUGAACAGAAUUGUGGUGAAGAAGAGCAGUCCUCGGAUGAUUCUGAAGUGUUAUCCCAGAGAACCUCGUCAAAUCUGUCGAAAACAUUGAUGUCUUUCCUGACUCAUGAUCACGAACUUUAUUUGAAAAUCUUAAAAUAUAUGCCCCUUUCUGUUUCUGAUGUGUUAGAAACUGUAAAAGAAAAUGGGAUCAAAUGCAGUGCUGAGCAGCUAAAAAAUUUCUUCGAUGAACAGUGUAUAACAUAUUCUGAGCCUCGUCCUUCUCGGGUCCAGAAAAGAAAGCGUCGUGGUAAAGUUAAAUCUUCCAUACCCUAGGUACGAGUUUGGAAACUGAAAUUUGUGGCGAAUUAAUGUAAAUGUAAAUUGAAGAAAUGUAAAUGUUUCAAAUACAUGUAUAGGCUAAGGAUAGUUAGUAUAGGAUUUUUCGAAAACUAUUGGUCAGAGAAGGAUAGUUUGAUAACGCUAUUCAACAUUACAUUCACUGUGCAUGAUAUUUGUGCAUAUUGAUAUUUUGAAAAUAUGUAAAAGUUUAUAAGCUAUCAGAUGUAGUAUCUUUGCAAGCAUGUACCUGCUUGCUCAAUGUAAUUUGCGCCAUGAAGUGUCUUUAUAUUAAGCAUCGUAUUUAUUUGA